AUGACUGUACCUGUAGAACAGAAUGAGGAGCCACACUUCACAGUCGGCACGUUACCUGUGGAGUACCGGGACAAGAAACAGAACAAAAGACCCAGGUUUACUCUGCAGAACUUCAAUGACGUCUUCUACGUGGAACCGGAUGACCAAAACAACGGAGCUCUCAAACUCAGCAAGAGCCUGGACUAUGAGACCAGAUCAUUGUACUACUUUAAAGUGGAGGUUAGAGAAGACGGUAUGGUUCAGGCUCCAGAUAAUCAGGGAUCCACUGCCUACGUGUUCAUCACUGUAACUGAUGUUGAUGAACCACCGGUUUUCAGCAAGGCGGAGUACACCUUUGACGUCCAAGAGGGCCCGAUUAGAAACAAAGUCAUCGGCUCUGUCUCAGCCAGAGACCCGGACAGGACCAACUACAUGAUAAAGUACUCCAUCAGGGGGCUCAACUGUCCAUUGGAUAUAGUCGAGAAUACAGGUCAGCUUGUCCUAAAGAAAGAACUGGACUACGAAACAGAGGCCACACACCUAUGUAAUGUCACAGCACAUGAAAUGUCUCUAAGGGGUGUAGGACUAAAAAAGUAUGUGACUGUUAAGAUAAACGUUCUGGAUAUCAAGGACAAUCAGCCAGAACUGACCAACAUUUACAUCUAUGAUGAUAUUUAUGGAACGAUCAUUGGAACUAUCUGCGACGAAAACCCUGGACCAUUCUGUUUCAUUCUGACAAAAAGGAGCUCCAAAUUCUCCCUCUAUGACAACCAAAACAAAAUUGCCACCAUUGUGUUGCCUCCACACCAUAGCACCAAUCCUUCAGAAGAAAACAUUCUAGAGAUUCAGAAGAGCGUCAACCAGUUACACAUCCGAGUAUGGGCGUGUCUGAAAGACAGACAGCCCAAUUACAUUACAGCCCACUCCCACACCGGGGUCAGCCCUCAUUACCAUCCUGCUCUGCACCGUCACCAUCCUGGGUAA